ACUCCUCCUCCUCCAUGUGAAUGAUCACCUGACUGUGACAUCAUCGCAGGUCCUGUUAGUACACUUCCUAUAAGCACAGGGCUCCUUUAUUGCUUUCGGGUGAAGGGUGAAGAUAUGAACAAAAUGCUCUAGAGACAGAUGUGAGCGGUGAUGAGCAGUAUAAGGAGGACAUUACUACAGGGAAAGAUCUGAUCUAUAUUACUGCUACAGGCAUAAUGAAAAAUAAGAAACAUGUGAUUGGUGAUGAGCAGUAUAAGGAGGAUAGACCUACAGGGAAAGAUCUGAUCUAUGUUAAUACUAGAGACAUGAAGGAAGAAGAAAAGACAGAUGUGAGUGGUGACGAGCAGUAUAUGGGGUAUGUUCCUACAGGGAACGAUCUGAUCUAUAUUAAUUCUACAGACAUAAAGGAAGAAGAAGAGACAGAUGUGAGCUGUGAUGAGCAGUAUAACGAGGACAUUCCUACAGGGAAAGAUCUGAUCUAUAAUCAUUAUACCGUCAUAAAGGAAGAAGUUCAGACUGAUAUGAGGGGUGAUGAGCAGUAUAAGGAGGACAUUCCUACAGGGAAAGAUCUGAACUAUGUUAAUACUACAGAUAUAAAGGAAGAAGAGACAGAUGUGAGUGGUGAUGAGCAGUAUAUGGAGGACAUUGCUAUAGGGAAAGAUCUGAACUAUGUUAAUACUACAGACAUAAAGGAAGAAGAAGAGACCGAUAUGAGAGGUGAUGAGCAGUAUAAGGAGGACAUUCCUACAGGGAAAGAUAUGAACUAUGUUCAUUUUACAGACAUAAAGGAAGAAGAAGAGACAGAUGUAAGCUGUGAUGAGCAGUAUAAGGAGGACAUUCCUACAGGGAAAGAUCUGAACUAUGUUAAUACUAUAGACAUAAAGGAAGAAGAGACAGAUAUGAGCGGUGAUGAGCAGUAUAUGGAGGACAUUGCUACAAGGGAAGAUCUGAGAUAUGUUAAUACUACAGACAUAAAGGAAGAAGAGACAGAUGUGAGCGGUGAUGAGCAGUAUAAGGAGGACAUUUCUACAGGAAAAAAUCUGAACUAUGUUAAUACUACAGACAUAAAGGAGGAAGAAGAAGAAGAGACGGAUGUAAGCGGUGAUGACCAGUAUAAGGAGGACAUUCCUAUAGCUUACCGCCCAGAUGACUGUACCAGGAGAUCAGAGGAGAAUCUUAUAUCUUCAGAUUAUAAAGCAGAUGAUGAUAUCACACAAGAUACAUAUGGAGAACAUUCCAUUAUCCCAGAUACACCCUCAGCCCUUCACAGCCAAGAUCUGUCAUCUCAUCCUGUUAUACAAGUCCGACCUAAAGAUUCAUCUCAGUCUGUUAAACAAAGUAGAAUCCACUUUAGGAUUGUUGGACAUCAAAAUCCUAAUAAAGAGGAGAAGCCAUUUAUAUGUUCAGAAUGUGGGAAGUAUUUUCUUGUGAAAUCACAGCUUGUAAGACAUCAAAUAAUUCACACAGGAGAGAAGCCAUUUUUAUGUGCAGAAUGUGGGAGAUGUUUUAGUCACAAAUCACAUCUUGUUAAACAUCAAAGAACUCACACAGGAGAGAAGCCAUUUUCAUGUCCAGAAUGUGGAAAAUGUUUUACCGAGACAUCAUCUCUUGUGCGUCAUCAACGGAUUCACACAGGAGAGAAGCCAUUUUCAUGUGCAGAAUGUGGGAAAUGUUUUACUGAGAAAUCAUAUCUUGUUAAGCAUCAAAGACUUCACACAGGAGAAAAACCAUUUUCAUGUUCAAAAUGUGGAAAAUAUUUUAGUCACAAAUCACAUCUUGUUAAACAUCAAAGACUUCACACAGGAGAGAAGCCGUUAUCAUGUCCAGAAUGUGGAAAAUGUUUUCCUGAGACAUCAUCUCUUUUGAGUCAUCAACAAAUUCACACUGGAGAAAAAACAUUUUCAUGUUCAAAAUGUGGAAAAUAUUUUACUCAGAAAUCAAUACUUAACAAACAUCUAAGAAUUCACACAGAAAAGAAGCCAUUUUCAUGUCCGGAAUGUAGGAAAUGUUUUACCAAUCCAUCAUCUCUUGUGCGUCAUCAACGAAUUCACACUGGAGAAAAGCCAUUUUCAUGUUCAGAAUGUGGAAAAUAUUUUACUCAGAAAUCAAUACUUAACACACAUCUAAGAAUUCACACAGGAGAAAAGCCAUUUUUAUGUCCAGAAUGUGGAAAAUGUUAUAACAAUAAAUCACAGCUUGUUCAACAUCAAAAAAGUCACACAGGAGAAAAAUUUGGAAAAUGUUUUACUCUGAAUUCAAUUAUUGUUGAACAUCAAAAAACUCACACAGGAGAGAAGCCAUUUUCAUGUUCAGAAUGUUGUAAAUAUUUUACUAAGAAAUCAUUACUUAUUAGACAUCUAAGAAUUCACACAGGAGAGAAGCCGUUUUCUUGUUCAGAAUGUGGAAAACAAUUUACUCAGAAACCACAUCUUAUCAGGCAUCAAAGAAUUCACACAGGGGAGAAGCCAUUUUCAUGUGCAGAAUGUGGUAGAUGUUUCACAUAUAAAUCAUAUCUUGUUAAACAUCAAAGAACUCACACAGGAGAGAAGCCAUUUUCAUGUCCAGAAUGUGGGAAAUGUUUUACCGAGACAUCAUCUCUUGUGAUUCAUCAACGAAUUCACACAGGAGAGAAGCCAUUUUCAUGUACAGAAUGUGGGAGAUUUUUUAGUCACAAAUCACAUCUUGUUAAACAUCAAAAAAAUCACACAGGAGAGAAGCCAUUUUCAUGUCCAGAAUGUGGGAAAUGUUUUACCGAGACAUCAUCUCUUGUGAGUCACCAAAGAAUUCACACAGGAGAGAAACCAUUUUCAUGUUCAGAAUGUGGAAAAUGUUUUACUCAGAAAGCAGUACUUAACACACAUCUAAGGAUUCACACAGGAGAGAAGCCAUUUUUAUGUCCAGAAUGUGGAAAAUGUUAUAACAAUAAAUCACAGCUUUUUAAACAUCAAAAAAGUCACACAGGAGUAAAAUGUAAACAAUGUGGAAAAUGUUUUACUCUGAAUUCAAUUCUUGUUGAACAUCAAAAAACUCACACAGGAGACAAGCCAUUUUCAUGUUCAGAAUGUUGUAAAUAUUUUACUAAGAAAUCAUUACUUAUCAGACAUCUAAGAAUUCACACAGGAGAGAAGCCGUUUUCUUGUUCAGAAUGUGGAAAACAAUUUACUCAGGAACCACAUCUUAUCAGGCAUCUUAGAAUUCACACAGGAGAGAAGAAAAUUUAGAGCAAUAAAUGAUGCAGAUAACACAUCUAUAUAUUAACCCUGUACAUAGGAUAUCUGACAUUUAUACAUAUAUCAUAUACUGCAUCUCCAAACUUGUUCCCAAUUGUUAAAAGUUUUCUUUUAGAACGUAGUCACCGAUCCAGCGAUGUCAUCACUAUAGUUUACAUGGUAGGAAAAGAGUGUGAUAUAUGGUUGUGAUAUUCACUGCUCCUCAUGGAGAAGACCCAACAGGCAUAAUCCAUGGGGAGCUGCUACUGGAGACCCAAACACCUCAGAGAGAAGGGACUUAUUCCAGUGAUGAAGAAUUCCAGGACAUGACCAGAUUAGAGACACAAAAUCACUUCUAUCUUCUGGCUUCUAGGACAUUAUUCUGAUGGAAGAACUUUACACAUUAUAAAAAGUCCUAUAGGUGUUGGGGAACAUUUAUAGACAAUUGUUGGCCCAGGCUGUCAUGGCGUACCAUAGGCCCCCCUGCCUCCAUAUUACACAGGUCUGAUGAGGGAACAGGUUAAGUAAGGGUUAAUGUUUGUGGUUCCAACAAUAACUGUACAAGGAUAUAUAGGAAGUAAGGAAUAUAUGAGAUGAGAUUUUCCAGUGCACACAGCUGCUGAUAUGGGGUUGGUUUGACAAGCAGAGCCCUGCUUGUCCUCAAUGCACAGAGCCCUGCUUGUCCUCGGUGUACAGAGCCCUGCUUGUCCUCGGUGUACAGAGCCCUGCUUGUCCUCGGUGUACAGCGCCCUGCUUGUCCUCGGUGUACAGCGCCCUGCUUGUCCUCGGUGUACAGCGCCCUGCUUGUCCUCGGUGUACAGCGCCCUGCUUGUCCUCGGUGCACAGAGCCCUGCUUGUCCUCGGUGCACAGAGCCCUGCUUGUCCUCGGUGCACAGAGCCCUGCUUGUCCUCGGUGCACAGAGCCCAGCUUGUCCUCGGUGCACAGAGCCAUGCUCGUCCUCGGUGCACAGAGCCCUGCUCGUCCUCGGUGCACAGAGCCCUGCUCGUCCUCGGUGCACAGAGCCCUGCUCGUCCUCGGUGCACAGAGCCCUGCUCGUCCUCUGUGUACAGAGCCCUGCUUGUCCUCUGUGUACAGAGCCCUGCUUGUCCUCAGUGUACAGAGCCCUGCUUGUCCUCAGUGUACAGAGCCCUGCUUGUCCUCGGUGUACACAGCCCUGCUUGUCCUCGGUGUACAGAGCCCAGCUUGUCCUCGGUGUACAGAGCCCCGCUUGUCCUCGGUGUACAGAGCCCUGCUUGUCUUCAAUGCAAAGAGCCCUACUUGUCCUCGGUGUACAGAGCCUGCUUGUCCUCGGUGUACAGAGCCCUGCUUGUCCUCAAUGCUGAGCCCUGCUUUGUACACCAUUGACCGUACUGUUUAAUUAAUCAUAUAUUUUUAUAGUUUAUGCAUGUGGCGAUACCACAUAUGUUCAUAUUUAUUUACAUAGUUUUUUUUUUAUGGGAAGGGGGGGUGAUUCAAACUUUUAUUAGGGAAGGGGUUAAAUCACAUUUAUUAAUUAAUUUUUACGCUGUUAUAGCCCCAUCGGGACUAUAACAUGCAGUACAUUGAUUGAAUACACAGAUCAAUGCUAUGCCAUAGCAUAGCAUAAAUGAGUGUUAUUGGUGCUCUACUGCUCCUGCCUUGAUCGGCGAUCGGACAACCAGGAGGCAGGUAGGGACCCUCCUCGUGUCCAUACAGCUGAUCAGCCAGAGUGAGCUGCCGGGAAGCUUUUACUUUAGACGUGGCGAUCAACUUUGAUUGUCACGUCUAAAGAGUUAAUGCCGGACAUCAGCCUGAACGGCGAUGUCCGGCAUUAGCCACGGAUCCUGGAUACUGAUAGCAGCUGGGACCGUGUGGGUAUGAUGCGAGCUCAGCUCCUGAGCUCGCUUCAUAACCCUGCCGUGCGCACAGCCAUUUAUAAACAGCGUUCUGCGGCAAGGAGUUAAAAUAAUCCAUAUGAAAAAGAACACCAACCACCUUUUACCUCUGCCAACACAGUCAUUACCAUAUACCCUCUAGUAUGUACUGUACACGAUGCUGACAAUAUUAAACAAUAAAGAGAUCCCCGCAAUCUCCUGCACAGCUAUUUGGCUCUCCUCCUGCACGGAGGUUGGCACAUGUCCUCCAUGUAUCUCUAUGGGAGAGCUGGAGAUACCCAAGUAUAGCACUCCUGUAUCUCUGGCUCUCCCAUAGAGAUACAUGGAGGGCACAUGCUGGUCCUUCGAAUAACAAUAAGAUGCUGUUCUAAAAACUUUGGUGAAGG